GCCCCUGAAGGAGAGCCACGGAGGCGUGCGGGGCGCUUGGCCGGCGUGUGAGGGAGCCGUGGCGGCUUCUCCAGGCGUAACGAUGAAGUUGAAGGAAACAAAAUCAAGGCCAAAGCCACCAAGCUAUGGCAAAUUUCAGACGAAGGGAAUCAAAGUUGUGGGAAAAUGGAAGAAGGUGAAGAUUGACCCAAAUAUGUUUGCGGAUGGACAGAUGGAUGACUUGGUGUGCUUCGAGGAACUGACAGAUUACCAGUUGGUGUCCCCUGGCAAGAAUUCCUCCAGUCUUUUCUCCAAGGAGCCCAAGAAGAGAAAGGCACAGGCUGUCUCAGGAGAGGAGGAAGGAGAGUCGAGCUCCUCAAAGAAAAAGAUGAAGUUGAAGAAGAAUAAAGACAUGGAGACCGGAGGGACCAGUGCUGAGAAGGAGUUUGAGGUCAGAGCUGCUGAGCCAAAGCCCCAGGGACGUGGCACAGUUUGUCCUGAUCCGGAGGUAGAGGAGAUGGUACCGGAAAGCUCAGCCCAGACUGUUCCAAAGAAGAAGAAAAAAAAAGGGAAAAAAAAAUUGGCACCUGCCCAGGGUACUCUUCCAAAGGUGCCCAAAAAAGCCAAGACAUGGGUGCCUGAAAUGCAUGACCAGAAGGCAGAUGUAACAGCCUGGAAAGAUCUUUUUGUACCCAAGCCAGUCCUUCGAGCACUCAGUUUUCUAGGCUUCUCUGCACCUACACCAAUCCAAGCUCUGACCUUGGCACCUGCCAUCCGAGACAAACUGGACAUCCUUGGGGCUGCUGAGACAGGAAGUGGAAAAACUCUUGCCUUUGCUAUUCCGAUGAUCCAUGCGGUACUGCAGUGGCAGGUGAGAAAGAAGCCUCCUCCGGCUCUGAGGGACCCAGGAGCAGUCCCUGGCGAGGCUGGAACCGAGGCUGGAACCGAGGCUGGAGUUUUGCCUGAUGAGAUUGGAAUUGAGGGGCAAGCCCUGCCCGGUGACGCUGGAGUGAAGGCUAGCGCACCACCCAGCAAGGUCAAGGCUGGAGCUGCCAUGUCAGAGCAGGUGCUGCCCCUCUGCAAUGAUGAUGCUGGUGAAGGACCAUCUUCCCUGAUCAGGGAGAAGGCCAUCCCCAAGCAGGACGAAGACAAAGAGGAAAAGCUUGAUGAAGAGCAGACUGGAAGGUUACAGCAGGAAUUGGUUGGCAAAAUUGCCACCUGUAAAGCACAUCCAAAGCGUCCUCUACUGGGACUGGUUCUGACUCCCACUAGGGAGCUCGCUGUCCAGGUCAAGCAACAUAUUGAUGCCGUGGCCAAGUUUACAGGAAUUAAAACUGCUAUUUUGGUUGGUGGAAUGUCUACGCAGAAACAGCAGAGGAUGCUGAACCGCCAGCCAGAGAUUGUGAUCGCCACUCCAGGCCGGUUGUGGGAGCUAAUUAAAGAAAAACACCCUCAUUUGAGCAAUCUUAAGCAGCUCAGGUGCCUGGUGGUCGAUGAGGCUGAUCGGAUGGUUGAGAAGGGCCACUUUGCCGAGCUCUCACAGCUGCUGGAGAUGCUCAGUGACUCCCAAUAUAAUCCAAAGAGACAGACGCUUAUUUUUUCUGCCACACUGACCCUGGUACAUCAAGCUCCUGCUCGAAUCCUUCAUAAGAAGCACACGAAGAAAAUUGACAAAACUGCCAAACUUGAUCUCCUCGUGCAGAAGAUUGGCAUGAGGGGCAAACCCAAGGUCAUUGAUCUCACCAGAAAUGAGGCCACGGUAGAGACACUGACAGAGACCAAGAUUCACUGUGAGGCUGACGAGAAAGACUUUUAUCUGUACUACUUCCUGAUGCAGUACCCAGGCCGCACCUUGGUGUUUGCCAACAGCAUCUCCUGCAUCAAACGCCUCUCUGGGCUCCUCAAAGUCCUAGAUAUCAUGCCACUGACCCUGCACGCCUGCAUGCACCAGAAGCAGAGGCUCAGAAACCUGGAGCAGUUUGCCCGUCUGGAAGACUGUGUUCUCCUGGCAACAGAUGUGGCAGCUCGGGGCCUGGAUAUUCCUAAAGUCCAACAUGUCAUCCACUACCAGGUUCCUCGCACCUCGGAGAUCUAUGUCCACCGAAGUGGCCGAACUGCUCGUGCCACCAAUGAAGGCCUCAGUCUGAUGCUGAUUGGGCCUGAGGAUGUGAUCAACUUUAAGAAGAUUUACAAAACCCUCAAGAAAGAUGAGGACAUCCCACUGUUUCCUGUGCAGACAAAGUAUAUGGAUGCAGUCAAGGAACGAAUACAUUUAGCUCGACAGAUUGAGAAAGCUGAAUAUCGGAACUUCCAGGCAUGUCUGCACAACUCUUGGAUCGAGCAGGCAGCAGCUGCCCUGGAGAUUGAGCUGGAAGAAGAGAUGUAUAAGGGAAGAAAAACUGACCAACAUGAAGAGCGCAGGAGACAAAAGCAGAUGAAGGUCCUGAAGAAGGAGCUGCGCCAUUUACUCGCCCAGCCGCUGUUCACAGAUGACCUGAAAACCAAGUAUCCGACUCAGUCUGGCAGGCUGCCCACACUCAUGGCUGCCCCGAGAAGUGGUGAGUCUGCUUUGAGCUGCCUGGCCAGACAGAAGAAGAAGAAGAAGAAGAAGAAGAAGCCGAAAGAGCAGCAGCAGGAACAGCCGCAGCCAAGUACAAGUGCAAAUUAACCACCCUCCAGGUCAGAGUCUGUGCGUGAUGGCACGUUGUUCUGUGUUCUCUGGUUAUAUCUUCCCACUUUGCAUUUCACUCCACCGUCCACCCCGGUUAGAAAACUCUCCCUCUUCCUUGCCAGCCCCCAUUGCAGGCGAGACCUCAUUCGCAUUGUGUUGUUUUGGAGUAAGAAUUCUAUGCAGCAGCUUAUAUAUUUCUGUAUGCCAGUGUGUACAGGCUUCUUGUAUGUUCAGCUUGAUUUCCUCAAUUAAAAACAGUAGUCAGAGCA